GUAAAAGUUGCGAAACUCCUCAAGAUGACAAGAUUUUACAUGCAUUGCCUAGUGAUUCGAAAAGACCUAAGAGUGCCGAGAUAAUUGCUCCGAUGACGGGAGAAACCGAAGUAACUCGAGAUAAAAGAGGAACAUUUACUUAUGAAAAUGGAGCAAAAUAUACUGGAGAAUGGUACAAUAUUAUUUUAUAUUUUGUUUUGGAUUGGUAUAUGUCGCGAUGGUUUUGGUACUCAGGUUUGGCCAGAUGGAGCCUAGUAUGAAGGACAGUGGAAGGAUGAUAAAGCUCAAGGGAAAGGAGUCUUUAAACAUGCAGAUGGUGAUAUAUGUAAGUGAGUUUAUUGAGUAUUUAGAUGAUGGAGAGUGGGAAAAUGACAAAGCAAAUGGCUAUGGUAUUUAUGUUCAUGCUGAUGGUUCCAAGUAUGAAGGACUCUGGAAGGAUGAUAAAUAACAUGGCUAUGGAACUGAAACUUGGACUGAUGGAAGUAGAUACGAGGGAACCUAUAAGUAUGGAAUGAAAGAUGGUACUGGAACCUAUUAUUGGCCAGACGGAAAGGUUUAUUAAGGCUAAUGGUUACAAAAUAAAAUGACAGGAUACGGAGUAUGUCAUUGGAAAGAUGGAAGAUGCUAUAUUGGUGAAUGGUUGGAUAAUAAUAUGCAUGGUCAUGGUAAAUACACUACUACGGAUGGGAAACAAUAUGAAGGAGAUUAUUAUUUUGAUAAAAAACAUGGAUUCGGCACAUUUACUUGGCCUGAUGGCAAAAAGUAACUAUGAAAAUAAUUUAUAGAUAUUCUGGAAAUUGGAAGAAGGGUAAGUAACAUGGCAAAGGUAAAAUAAUAGUUGAUAAAAUUGAAAAACAUGGAAUGUGGGAAGAUGGUAAGCGUAUUAGAUGGAUUGAAGAUGAAGAUUGA